AUGAGACUCGUCCCAGUGUUGCCUGUAAUAUCUUCACUUACUGAGCCCUUCUCUGUGUGGUGUUCAGCGAUUGGUCGGCGAGGUAGCGAGAACACAAUCCAGUGCCGUCCUGCCGUCACGUUGCGAGGCUGUGCUGGCUCUCCAUUUCUUCCUCAAGGUUGCAGGUUCAGGUUCCAGGUUCCAGGUUCCAUAAUCCUUGCCGGCUCCCGCAGCACGCAGCCUGGCCGUCACCUGCCGCUCAUAAGCGCCGCGCCUCGCCGCGCCGCCACCCUCCGACCUGAGCUGGAACAGGGUUGGGUGGAGAGAAGCCACAGAGGAUUCUGGGGCAACUUGAGACCCGAUGAGUUGAUUCCCGAGCCGAUCUUGGACGACCCUCGCAUUUCACCUGAAGUCACCUGGCAGGCUCAUUCACUUCGAGGUGCCCCAACAGCCGGUAACGCGGUGGCGGCCGCAGCCUUCCCUUGGGUGCUGUAUGAUCGUCUCUGUGCUUAUCCCGGGUUACUUUUUCCGUGUUUGCGGAUGUAAGGGGACUUCGUUCAGGGAUAAAGAGGGGAAGAGAGGCACGGUAGACGGUGUGAAGUGGGUGGUACAGCGCUGGGUGAGGCUCCAGUGACUCCCGGCUUGAUUGUGUACGUGUGGUGUGGCGGUGUGUGGAGGUGGAUGUGUCUACUGAGGGAGAAUGGCCUGUACAUGUGGUGUGGCGGUGGAUCUUUUUGUAUGUGCUGUUAUAAUGGGUCAGGUGCUGAGGUGACCGGUUCAUGCGGUGCCAGUAAUGUACUGUAAUUUUGGGGGCAGAUUCUAUUGUGAAAUUUCUUCUGAGUUGUGCUGGUGUCAGUGUUUGUGAUUAUAAUUAUUGGAACCAAUACAUGUACAAUAGUUAUACGUUGUUGUGAACUAUCCUUGCGUCCUGGUGCAAGUGUAAGAACCUAGCUACACGCCGAUCUGUCUUGAGGAUCAUCUCACCUGACGCCUAUAUGACUGGAGUACCAUCCGCCCCAGUACCAGGUGACUAGCUCCCGGUAAAAAUACACAAUUUUGCUCUCUUUACUGU